AUUUCGUGGAAAGGAAAAAAAAAAGAAGCUCCAUCAGAACUGAAUGCACAAAAUACGUUCUAGAAAAAAUAUCAUUUCUGAUUUUAUUUUUGAAAAGAAAAUGAAACUCUAAAUUAAAAAUUAAAUAAAUAAAUAAGGAGAUGAAGAAGAAGAACUUGCCUCAGAAGGGUCUGAAUUUGUAUUUUUCUCUCAAGGGGUCGAAGAGAGAGAGAGAGAGAGAGAGAGAUAGAGAGAGGGCGAGGAAAACAAGCGGAUCCAAGAAAAAUGAGUGAAAGAGAGGCAGAGAUUGAAGAGUCUUUUCAUUUGGUCUUUUCUAGAAUUGACCAGGCAGCUUGUGUGAGAUGGAGUAUCAAACACUUUUCUUUUACCCCAUAGUGGUUGUUUAUGAGUAAUCAUCAAUAUGUGCCAUGGGAAUCCACUGAAAAGGAAGAGUCUGUGAGCAGGAUACACUUUUUGGUUAGCAAGUUGUGAUUUGGUGAGUUAAUACCGUUGUACGAGACAUUAGUGAGAAUGGCAAUGGAAGAAAGUCGACAUGGAAAGCAACAAUCAGCUGCCACCACAAACCCAGCCAUCAGUUCAUGCCGAAAGAAGAAGUCGGAAGAAGCUACUUUCUUGGAGGAUGUAAAGGAUCACAUUGAUGAGUUUAUUCAUGCAUCAAUGGAUGAACACAAGACUUGCUUCAAGAAAACAAUCCAGAAGAUGUUUGGAAUGUCGAAAAUUGUUGCAGAAAGGAGUUCAGCCCCGGAGGAAGUCGAAAGUUCUUUGCCCCUUCAAACUGUUGUGUCUGACUAGUCGAUUAGUAACUUUUCAUGACAGCUUAAUAAUUAGCAUUAAGAAUUUGCAAGCUAAUAAAUUACAAUGCAUGUAUGCUCUUUUCUGAUUGUUGUCUGGUUUCCAAUGAUAAUAUAGAGAGUGUGAUUAGUUUUUGAGAGCCACAUAAAUUUCUUUGAUGCUCAUAAUGUGGCAUAUUCCUAUUUUGUUUUUUUUGUUUUUGUUUUUGUUUUUUUCUCUCUUCAAUUGAAUAUAUAAUCAAGUUAAAGAAUAGAGAAACUGCCCGCUC